AUGCAGCUGAAGGCCAGGCUUUCACUGCAACCUAUGUCCCUUACCCCUUCUUUUAGAAAAAAAAAAUUGCAGGAGGUGGUGACACUUCUGAGUUCUACUCAAAUCGUCACUUGUGGUGAGGGGUCGCUGUGCUUACGACCUGGCCUUUGUAAGGGAUAUAUUGAAAAAAUAAUAUAUGAAACUGAACCAUACCAAAGCCGAAAAGUCGUAAAAUCUGUUUACAAAAAUCAAGAAAAGAAGAAGGGAAACAACAAUUUUCUUGGUUUUAAAGAUCUUUCUACACUUUGCAGACAUAAAGAAGGCUUGCAGGAUGAAACAUCUUUGAUUUGGAUUUCAAGCAGUGGCAAUAGAAGUUUGAAGUUAGCUUCUGUCUCAAAAAUUAUUCCUGGGCAAAGAACUACUGUUUUCCAAUGGCAUCUUCGUCCUGAAAAGGAUUAUCUAUCAUUUUCGCUUAUAUACAACAAUGGAAAACGGUCCCUUGAUCUGAUUUGCAAGGACAAAGUUGAGGCGGAAGUGUGGAUUGCAGGCCUAAAGGUUUUAAUAUCCUCCGUGUGCUUCACCAUAAGGUCACAAGGAAAAAAUUGGAGGAAGGUGGUUGAUUAUCUCAUAUUCCUUUUAAUCCCUAGCGAAAGAAUCCUGACCAGUACACUUGACCCAGCUCUCCAGAAGAAGCACCAAUCGAUGCUCGAACGUCUCUCCGAGCGCCACCAGACUCGUUUGGCCCGCAAAUCCGACUCACCGGACUCGUCCCUUGAAUCCACAUCUUCCUUUCUCUCCUGCUUCAAUGACUGUAAGCGCUCCAUCGACACUCAAAUAGCGGAGUCAUUCGGACUAACCGCCGAUCCAUCUCGCCUCAAGUCCCAUCUCGUUGAUAUCUCAUCCUCUAUCUCAAAUCUGGAGAAACUUGUCGCCGAGAACUCCUACUUCUUGCCCUCUUAUGAGGUCCGUUCCUCACUCAAAACCAUAUCUGAUUUGAAACAAGCCCUGGAGAAUCUGAACUCUGAAUUGAUUCCCCGAAAGAAAUUGGCUUUCAGAAACAAAGCCACCAAAAAGGACAACUCUAUCCUUACCGGACCCAGCGGAACUCAAUCUGAGAAGUCCAGUUCUGGUUUACCGGAGAAGUUGAGUUUUUUGAUUCCCGAGUCCUUGGGGUUUAGAAACAAGGAGAAUGAGAUACUGGUGAAGAAUUUCAAGGGUUUCGAAAUGGGCGAGUUUACAUUAUCAGAUCUUGAUUCAUGUGAGGUGAGGUUAAUUGGCUCUACGAGAGCCAUUUUUGCUCACAGAUUGAGGAAUUGUAGGGUUUAUGCAGGGCCAGUGACUGGUUCAAUCUUGAUAGAUAAUGUAGAGGGGUGUGUGUUUGUACUGGCAUCACAUCCAAUAAGAAUACAUGAGGCCAAGGCAUGUGAUUUUUACUUGAGAGUGAGGAGCAGGCCAAUAAUUGAGGACAGUAAUGGCGUGAGGUUUGCCCCAUAUUGUUUGAGAUACCAGGGUAUUGAGGAGGAUCUUGAAGAGGCAGGGCUUCAUGAGGAGACAGGAAAUUGGGCCAAUGUGGACGAUUUCCGGUGGUUGAGGGCGGUGCAAUCGCUGAACUGGACUGUUUUGGAAGAGGGGCAUCGGAUUGGGAGUGCUUACAUUUCUGAGAGUGGAAAUGUUGCUUGAAAUUGGACUCCAGGUAAUUUAUUUUGGUUGUAAUUUGGAUUGGGAUUGGAAUUGUGAAAUGUCAACAUUUUGUUUGUGUGGAUUUGAAUUUGUUGUAAUUCUGCUGAUUUUAAAUAACUGAGGAUCAAUGAAAUAGAUGUUGAUUGGGUUUUUUUGGGUUG